AUGAAUUUAUUCAAGAUAACUAAAUUUCUUAGAUUUGUAGGCAAGAGUAAUAUUGCUACAAUCAAUAAUACUGGCUCAUUAUUACUGACACUAUGUUCAACUUAUGAUUCAUACUUUAUCAAGACUCCAGUACAUACAGUUACUCUACCAGGAAAAGAAGGAGAUUUUACUAUUAGUUAUAAUCAUUCUCCAACAAUUAUUCAGUUAUCAAGUGGACCUAUUAUUGUAAGACGAAAUUUAAGCGAAAAUCCUCAUUCAUUCUUCAUAUCUGAUGGUUUUCUUUUAUAUAAGAGACAUAAUGAAAAUUUUAUUGCAGAAGUUAUAGGUAUUGAGAUAUUUCCAUUAGAGUAUUUUGAUAAGAGUUGUGUGAAUACAUUAAUAAAGGAUAUUGAGAAACAAUCUAGAAGUACUCCUUGGGAAAUUACAAAAUUUCAUCUAGGGUAA